GGCAGCGAUUAUUCCACUCAAUGUAAAGUGCAAGUCCAGCAUCUUCAACGACAUUUGGAAUCUUCCGGCUUUAAAGCACUCGAUUGCCCAUUGCCAUCCACCUCUCCACUCCUAUUGUGGUAUCAAGCUCAAUAAGAGCGACAGUACACCACACAAGAUGCUGUCAAGGACUGCAGCACCGCGGGCAGCCUCUGCGAAGGCCCUGUCGCGCGUCGCUCUGCCAUCAUGUACCCGAUUACCCGCCACCACCAACACACCCGCCCAGUCCCGGCGGUCCAUGGCGACUGUCCAGGAGGGCACCCCGAAGCGUGUAUACGGCGGGCUCAAGGAUCAAGAUCGCAUUUUCCAGAACCUCUACGGCCGAUACCCCCCCGAUCUGAAGCAUGCCAAGAAGAUGGGAGACUGGCACAAGACGAAGGAGAUCAUUCUCAAGGGCCACGACUGGAUCAUCGGCGAGGUCAAGGCAUCCGGAUUACGAGGUCGUGGAGGAGCUGGCUUCCCCUCUGGUCUCAAAUGGUCCUUCAUGAACUUCAAGGACUGGGAAAAGGACACGAAGCCGCGAUACUUGGUCGUCAACGCUGAUGAGGGAGAGCCCGGUACAUGCAAGGAUAGAGAGAUUAUGCGAAAGGACCCCCACAAGCUUCUCGAGGGCUGCUUGGUCGCCGGCCGUGCUAUGAACGCCACUGCCGCAUACAUUUACAUCCGUGGCGAGUUCAUUCAAGAAGCCGCUGUCCUCCAGCACGCCAUCAACGAGGCCUACGCCGAUGGUUUGAUUGGAAAGAAUGCCUGUGGUUCCGGUUACGACUUCGACAUCUACCUCCACCGCGGUGCUGGUGCUUACGUUUGUGGUGAGGAAACUUCUUUGAUUGAAUCCCUGGAGGGUAAGCCCGGCAAGCCCCGUCUCAAGCCUCCGUUCCCUGCCGCUGUCGGUCUCUUCGGUUGCCCUUCUACUGUCGCAAACGUCGAGACUAUUGCUGUCGCCCCUACUAUCUGCAGAAGAGGCGGCAACUGGUUCGCCGGUUUUGGCCGUGAGCGAAACCAGGGUACCAAGCUUUUCUGUAUCUCUGGACACGUCAACAACCCUGUCACUGUCGAGGAGGAGAUGAGCAUCCCCCUCAGGGAGCUUAUUGAUAAGCACUGCGGUGGUGUUCGUGGUGGCUGGGACAAUCUUCUCGCCAUCAUCCCUGGUGGUUCUUCCACUCCUAUCCUCCCCAAGAGCGUCUGUGAUGAUCAGCUUAUGGACUUCGACGGACUGAAGGAUAGCCAGUCUGGUCUCGGUACCGCUGCCGUUAUUGUCAUGGACAAGAGUGCCGAUGUCGUUCGUGCUAUCUCUCGCUUAAGUCACUUCUACAGACACGAGUCAUGCGGUCAAUGUACACCUUGCCGUGAGGGUAGCAAGUGGACCGAGCAGAUUAUGCAGCGAUUUGAGAAGGGUCAGGGACGUGAAAGGGAGAUUGACAUGUUGCAAGAGUUGACCAAGCAAGUCGAGGGUCACACCAUUUGCGCUCUCGGUGAGGCUUUUGCCUGGCCCAUUCAAGGUCUUAUCCGACACUUCAGACCAGAGCUCGAGCAGAGAAUGCAAAAGUUUGCGGCUGAGAACGGCGGUCCCGCACUGGCUGGUGGUUGGCACUCGGAUGCGAAGGCUCAGGGUAAGCUGAUUUCUCCUGGACAAUAGAAGGGCUCUGAGUUAGGCGUAAUGCGUGGUGAAAAGACCUGUUACGGGCUGUACAAUCUGCUAAAUCAUCCGUCACUUUGUACAUACUACGAAAGAUUUUCUGUGUUA